GCAUCAGUACCGGUGGAUCUCCAUGACGACAAAACCCCGAGCAUGGUGCAGAAAUCCCGCAACGGCGGAGUGUACCCCGGCCCGCAGGCCGAGAAGAAGCUAAAGGUGGGCUUUGUGGGGCUGGAACCGGGCGCGACGGAGUCCAUCCGAGACGGCGCGCUGCUCAUCGCGGGCGACGAGGCGAUCAAGCGAGGCAGCAUCUUGAGCAAACAACGCUCCAGCAUCUCGAGGAAGAGGCCACCGAAACGCAACGCUUUCUACCGACGCCUGCAGAAUUUCCUCUAUAAUGUGCUGGAGAGACCGCGCGGAUGGGCGUUCAUCUACCACGCUUAUGUUUUUCUGCUGGUCUUCUCGUGUCUGGUUCUGUCCGUGUUCUCCACCAUCAAAGAAUACGAGAAGAGUUCUGAAGACGCGCUCUACAUACUGGAAAUAGUAACUAUUGUGGUUUUCGGUGUGGAAUACAUCGUUCGGAUCUGGUCUGCAGGAUGUUGUUGUCGAUACAGGGGAUGGAGGGGGAGACUCAAAUUCGCCAGGAAACCAUUUUGUGUUAUCGACAUCAUGGUGCUGAUCGCCUCUAUAUCAGUGUUGGCGGCCGGGACACAGGGGAAUGUGUUUGCCACCUCUGCAAUCAGGAGUCUCCGAUUCCUCCAGAUCCUUCGAAUGAUCCGCAUGGAUCGCCGCGGAGGAACCUGGAAGCUCCUGGGAUCUGUCGUCUACGCUCACAGCAAGGAACUGAUCACCGCCUGGUACAUCGGCUUCCUGUGUCUGAUUCUGGCCUCGUUCCUGGUGUAUCUCGCUGAGAAAGAAGACAACGAGAUGUUUGAAACCUACGCUGAUGCCCUGUGGUGGGGUCUGAUCACCCUGACGACCAUCGGCUAUGGUGAUAAAUAUCCGAUAACCUGGAACGGACGACUCCUCGCGGCGACCUUCACCCUUAUCGGUGUGUCGUUCUUCGCACUUCCUGCGGGAAUUCUGGGUUCUGGUUUUGCCUUGAAAGUUCAGGAACAGCAUCGGCAGAAGCAUUUCGAGAAACGGCGAAAUCCAGCCGCUGGCCUCAUUCAGGCUGCGUGGAGGUUUUAUGCCACAAACCUGAAUCGCACAGAUUUAUUUUCGACGUGGGACUAUUACGAGAGGACCGUAUCAGUACCAAUGUACAGACUCAUCCCUCCACUGAACCAGCUCGACUUACUGAGAAAUCUGAAGAGCAAAUCUGGUCUUUCCUUCAGGAAGGAAAGCCAGCCCGAACCAUCUCCAAGUCAGAAGGUGAGCCUGAAAGAGCGAGUGUUCUCCAGUCCGAGAAACUCUGCGACGAAAGGGAAGAACUCACCUCAAGGCCAACAGCCGCUACGACGCUCGCCCAGUGCAAACAGCAACGAAGACAGCCCCUCCAAAGUACCCAAGAGCCUCAGCUUCGGUGACCGCAGUCGCGCUCGACAUGCCUUCCGCUUUAAAGGUGCCGCGUCACGCCAGAACUCGGAAGUUCUCAUUGAGAUGCAAGAGGAAGAUUUGAGACACAGGAACUCUCCAGCAAUCAAAGGGUUAACCAAAGCCAGCCUGCCUGGAGAAGACAUUGUUGAUGACAAUAAGAGCUGCCAUUGUGAGUUUGUCCCUCAAGAUUUAACGCCGGGACUAAAAGUUACCAUCAGGGCUGUGUGUGUUAUGCGGUUUAUGGUGUCCAAGAGAAAGUUUAAAGAGAGUCUGCGGCCGUAUGAUGUGAUGGAUGUUAUCGAGCAGUACUCUGCCGGACACCUGGACAUGCUGGCGAGAAUUAAAAACCUGCAAUCCAGAGUGGAUCAGAUUGUUGGUAGAGGGGCUCCGGUCACAGAUAAAGAUCGUCCGAAAGCCAGCACAGAAGGAGAUCUGCCUGAAGACCCCAGCAUGAUGGGUCGACUCGGGAAAGUCGAGAAACAGGUGAUGUCAAUGGAGCGAAAACUGGAUUUCCUUGUGAACAUCUACAUCCAGCGAAUGGGCAUCCCGCAGUCUGAGACGGACGCUUACUUUGCUUCUAAGGAGCCUGACCCAGCUCCUCCAUACCACAGUCCAAUGGACCAAAUGGAGAAGAGCGGCUCCAUCACCAAAAUCAUCCGCUCCAACAGCUCCACUGGCCAGAAGAACUUCGACCCGCCUCCCUCGGCUUGUAUCAACCACCACUGCCCACCCUCAACAUCCUGGCACCCUCACACCCUCCCUGAUCCUAGCCAACAGGGCAGCCAGGGCAAGUCACCCAUAGGCGACCCAUCUCUAGUCCGUAUCCCUCCACCUCCAGUCCACGAGCGCUCCUCGGGCGGGCACAACGGAAGCUCUCGCGGUGCUGCACAGCACCAUUCUCGUGGGGGUGAAAACAGGGUUGAGGAUGGGCGACCGUUGGCUCUUUCACCACAGCAGGCCGAAGCCGAGAGCGACACCUCGUUAUCCAUCCCCUCGGUGGACCACGAAGAACUGGAACGUUCCUUCAGUGGCUUCAGCAUCUCGCAGCCCAAGGAGAACCUGGACUUCCUCAACAACGCCUACUUUAGUGGCGUGUCGCGUUGCGCUAAACGGAGGCCCUACAUUGCCGAGGGCGAGUCAGACACGGACUCCGAUCUGUGCGCCCUAUCUCCCCAUUCCGCAACUGGUGACGGCGCAUACGGUGACAGAGGCUGGUCUGGACCCAAGUAA